CCGGACAGCGGGGCAUCGGGUCACCAGGCAUCAAGUCAUUUGGCUCGACAGCGAGCACCGCGUUAUCUGGCAAGGCAGUGGGCUCCGAGUCAACUGGCAUGACCGCGGGCACCGGGGCAGACAUUGAAUCGUCUGGCUGGACAGCGGGCAUCGGGUCACCAGGCAUCAGGUCAUUUUGGCUCGACCGCGGGCACCGCGUCAUCUGGCAAGGCAGUGGGCUCCGAGUCAACUGGUAUGACCGCGGGCACUGGGUCAGACAUUGGAUCGUCUGAACUGGACAGCGGGCAUCGGGUCACCAGGCAUCAGGUCAUUUGGCUCGACAGCGGGCACCGCGUCAUCUGGCAAGGCAGUGGUCUCCGAGUCAACAGGCACGACAGUGGGCACCGGGUCAUCAGGUACCGGAUUGUCUGGCUCGACAGCGGGCAUCGGGUCAUCAGGCAUCAGGUCAUUUGGCUUGCCAGCGGGCACCGCGUCAUCUGGCAAGGCAGUGGGCACCGAGUCACCAGGUAU